CGAAUUGACCUGCACAGCGCUCAUCAGCUCCCUAAAAUGGCUGCUCACAGUAAAAAGAGCUCUGUGAAGGGGGAAAAGAAGGCGAAGGCCACGAAAGAUACUAUACUGCCUGCGAAUCUGAUCUCGGCGAUUUCAGCUUUCCUAUCCGAACAUGGGUUUUCCUCCACGAGCGCCGCCUUUACCAAAGAGCUGGCAAAAAAGUCGAUUAGUGCAAGCAAAAAGUCCGAUGUUCCUUCUCUUUUAGAGAUCUUCCAGAGUUGGGAGUCUCAACUGAACCGCAAGAAUGUUCCAAGUUCUAGCAGCUCAGCAAGCAGUGACAGUGAUGCCGACAGUUCCUCUGACUCUGAUUCGUCCGACUCUGAUGUGGAGAUGUCUGAAGCACCGAAGGUUCAGCGCAGGAGGUCCUCGUCAACGUCCUCGUCCUCCUCUUCCUCCUCGGCCUCUUCGUCGUCUUCCUCUUCUUCCUCAUCUUCGAGCUCCUCCGAUAGUGACGCUGAUGAUGAGGACGAGGAUGAGGCAGCCCUCGCUCCCGGCCCUGCCGCGAAGGGCGUUAAGCGCAAAGCGGAAUCGAGCGCUUCUUCCUCUGGCUCUGACUCCGAAGAAACUCCAAAGGCGAAGAAAACCAAGUUGACAUCGAAGGCUGAAGAGUCCUCUUCAUCUAGUAGUGAGAGCUCAUCCGAUUCCAGCUCAGACUCUGAUUCAGACUCAGACUCUUCGUCAAGUUCCGAGUCCGAGUCCGAGUCCGAGUCCGAUGCUUCUCACAGCUCCUCUUCAAGCUCUUCUUCCGAUUCCUCGGAUUCCUCCUCGGAUUCCUCAUCUGAUUCCUCAUCUGAUUCUUCGUCUGAUUCUUCGUCUGAAUCCGAAUCGGACGCCGCCAAGAAAGCCGACAAGAAGGCUCUCAAGGCUGCCACCGAGACACCCCUGCCGCCCUCCGACUCAAGCUCCAGCGGCUCCUCGGACUCCUCGUCGUCCUCUGGAGAAGAGUCCUCCAGCACCAGCCGCACCCUCCAGAACUCGGAGGCUGAAGCCACCCAAAAGCCCGCCGCUACAUCGGAAGCCUCAGUCUCCUCCAGUGCCAGCCCAGCUCCCAGAAAUGGCAAUGGUAACGGCAAGAAAAACCACACCGGCACCCGUCCUACACCUCUAGCCGCUCUCAGCGAACUCCCUCAUAACCACCCCUCCAAUCAGUACGUGCCGUACGCGUACGCGGAAAAGGCUUACAAGGAUCUUUCGGUCACACGUGGCAAGGGCUUCACCAAGGAGAAGAACAAGAAGAAGCGUGGCUCGUACCGCGGUGGCCCUAUUGACAUCUCUGGCGGCAAGUCAUUCAAGUUUGAGGAUUGA